ACGCGGAAUAAGGGCGAACGUAAGGCUCCGAGUCGGCAUAUAUUGCGUCUGUCCUUGUGUUUCUUUUCGUUUUUUUUUAGGCGAUUAAUUAAUUAAUGGAGCUUAAGAACACAGCAACACGGGCAAGUCCAUGGGGGAGUCCGGAUGUCCUUAUCCCCCCUUCCCCCGUCAAUUUGUGAAUGUGUACCCCCAAAGGAGAGGACAUAUCAGCCCCCUUCCGAAUGCAACUCCGGCAGCUGUGUAUCGAACCCGCGGCCUUGUGCUCAGAAGCAGGACUUCACACGCAGCCAAGCAUCGCGGCGUUCCGGGCACUGUCGGGAUCCGUGCAUAACAAAGGUGAAAACCAGCUGAACCUGUGCCGAGCAUUCUCUUCCCACGGGGUACUCGAUGAGCCUUCCAUGACUGAAGCCGAGUAUGAGGCCAUUACGAAAGAGACGUUGGAAUCUUUAGCUGAAAGAUUUGAUGAAAUUAUUGAAGACCUCAGUGAUGUUCCCGAAGCAGACUUUGCAUUGAGUGAUGGUGUUUUGACUGUACACCUCGGCCGAAAAUAUGGUACCUAUGUAAUCAACAAGCAGACUCCGAACAGACAGAUAUGGCUUUCAUCACCUAUCAGUGGUCCGAAGAGAUACGACUACGUGGGAAACGCAUGGGUGUACAAACACGAUGGUGUCUCUCUUCGGGAACUCCUGGAAAGUGAGAUAUCUUCAUUGCUAAAGAAGCCUAUUAAGUUUGACUGUUGCAUAUAGAAAGUGUACAUUAUAGGUUUCCAAACAUUUAUAUUUACUGUAAAUAAACAUUUGUUGAC